GAAAAAAAACACGCCGUAUGAGACUUGCGCGUGCGGUAAACGAUUUGAGUUUCUUGUUUAUGUUCGUUCCGUUGGUAAACAUGAAUAUUUAAUGUCGUAGCAUUAAUAAGUAGCGCAAUGGCCACGCAAGCUGCACGACUUUUGCGUAAACUGGACGGUCUGUUUGCUGUGUACAAACCUCAAGGAGUUCACUGGAAACUUGUCCGGGACACGGUGGAGACAAACCUGCUGAAAGCGGUUAAUUCGUGUCCUGCAGCAGCCCCCCAGCGCUCUGUGGUCCACUUUCAGCUUGUCCCGAGUGGAGACUGCAGCAGCUCCAGCCAGCUCACCGCCACCAAGUCCAACCUGCCCGCUCUGGCUGAUCAUCCUCUGGUCACAGGUCCAAGGUUUCAUAAGAUCCGUGUUGGAGUUGGACACAGAUUGGAUGCCUUUUCCUCUGGAGUAUUAGUUCUUGGUCUAGGAAGAGGAAACACAGCUCUGGAGAGUCUGUACAGAUCACAUGUGACCAGGGAAUACACACUGGAAGGGGAGUUUGGAAUGGCCACAAAUGAUUUUACUCACACUGGACGGGUUUUAGAGCGAAGCACAUUCGAUCAUGUUACUAAUGACAAGCUAGAAAGAGUCUUGGCCAUGAUCCAGGGAGCCAAUCAGAAAGCUUUAAUAAUGUACUCUCGGGUGGACCUGAACACUCAGGAGGCUUAUGAGCUGGCAGUGAAGGGGCAUUUCCGUCCACAAGAUAAAAGUCCUCCCAUUUUAACUGGCCUACGAUGUGUCAGCUUUAAACCACCUCAGUUUAAACUGGAGGUACAGUGUGUGAACGAAACUCAGCAGUUCCUUCGGAAACUGGUGCACGAGGUGGGACUGGAACUGCGCACUAAUGCAGUCUGCACCAAACUGCGUCGCACACGAGAUGGUCCUUUUAAAAUGGAGGAUGCCCUGACUCACCACCACUGGACUGCUAAGGAUAUUCUACCAGCCAUUGCUAACUUCCGCCGUACUACUCGGAAAAUCCGGAAGAAUGACGUUUACAGGACAGUCGUCAAGCAGUUACACUCCACCACACAGAUUGAAGGCCAAACAGAAACUAGUACUUGUCAGAUAGAAUCUGAUAGCCAGGAAACAGCAGGAUCACUGGAUCGUUCUUCUGAAGACUCUGUUAACACCAGGCAGUCUUAAUAUCCUGGAACAUUGAAGGAGGAUUAAGAUACAGUAAUUUUGUGGUUUAUAACUAAUUAAUUAAAUAUAAAUGUAUAUAUUUAAUUAUAUUUGGUUUUAUUAUACACAUGUAAAAUUUGUACUUACUUGUGCUCAUUGUCUGUGAUUUGUAUAUGGAUGACCAUUGUG